AUGGCCGGGCCGCUGAGGCUGCUUGUGGUCACACUCCUGUGCCAGGUUUGCUCGGCACCGGCACCCAGCAGCGGUGCUGAGGGUCAAAAGGGAAGCCUGCGAGGAAGUGUGGGAAUGGAGCAGGUGCUGGUGUUCGAUGCUGGCAGUAGCGGGACCCGCAUUCAUAUCUUCAACAUGUAUGUGCCGACGGCUGAUGCUCAUGUGCCGAGAGUGGACCUCGCUGUCCGAGAUGCGCAAACUUGGAAGGUGAAGCCUGGGCUCUCGGAGUUCGCCAAGAAGGAGGACCUCGAUGGCUGCAGGCUGAACAUCGAAGACCUGGUAAAAUUUGCCAACCAGUUCGUGGCUGAAGAGCGCCGCUCGAAAACUCCCGUCCUGCUGAAGGCGACUGCGGGCCUUCGAGCAGUUCCCGAGGCCAAAGCAGACGCGGUGCUCAGAACGGUCCGCUCCACCUUGAAAGACUCGGGCUAUCAGUUUCAAGACGCGCCUCCUGGGAAAAGCACUUGUUAG